AUGGACGCACGGGGCCCCGAAGCACCCGGAGGGCGCGCGCUGCGGGACGUGGCAGAAAGUCUAUUUCAGGAACUUCAAGAACAUUUUCAAGCUCUGACGGCAACAUUGAACCUCAGAAUGGAAGAAAUGGGGGGUCGCAUUGAAGACUUGCAGAAGAACGUGAAUGACCUGAUGGCCCAAGCUGGGAUUGACAGUCAUGCUCAGAAACACAGGGUGUUCCUGAACUCAAGCCUUUGGUUCUAUUGAGGGUUCAGCUAUGUCCCUGACAAUUCCUGCGCUGGAAGUCCUCAC